AUGCUGAUGGAGAAUGGUGCGAGUCCUGAAACGGUUGAUAUCAUCUUUGGUCUGCCAGCUAUUUGUCACGCUGUCGAAAUGCCCAGUACCCCAGUGGUGCAAGCUCUUCUCAGCCGAGCCGUCAACACAAACGUCCGCAUGCUCUCGGGCCAAACUCUUCUCACAUACUCCAUCGAUGUCAACCGUCAGAACACUGUCGAAGCACUGCUGGCACAAGGUGUUGAUGUCAAUGAGGUCGAUGGACUGAACAGAACGCCUCUGAAAUUAGCUCUAAUGAGACUUGACUAUAACCUAACGGCGAAGUUGAUGGAUUACGGUGCUGAUCCAGCAGCCAAAGAGAAUCAAGAAGCUUUCAACUUCAUCAAGGCUGUGGGCAGAAAGGAUUUACAGGAACUUCUUCAACCAAGGCAGGUUGAGGCAGGUCCCUCAGCUCCAGCUGUCCGGCAUGAGAUCGAGCUGCCCACGUCUGAGGCUCCACCGCCUUCGUAUGAACUUGUGGCCGGAAAGGUCUGA